GCGCAAGACGAUCCCUGGCGACUUCCUCUCGUGCACUGUGGCAGUUUGUUUUCUUUCACGGGGCGUGCGCAUCCGACCGUCAGCGAAUGGCGCCACGUGGCCAGCAGAAGGCGAAACGUCCACACGGUGGUUUCGGCGAAGCGGGUGCAGGGCAAACAGGAAGGGGCCACAUCCCAAAGUCGAAGAAGCUCCGUGCGGGAGACGGGUCAGAAGGAGAGAUGGGGGGUGACGGGGGAGAGGAGGAGACGCCUAUGGACAUCACUUCUGCAGGGACGCCUGUGCUCGGGUUUGGGCGUGACUGUGUGAGCAGGCAGCGUAUGCUUGCGCUCACAAACCUUGGCGUCCUGACGUCCACGCGAGGCGGCGGUGGCGGGACGGCUCGUGCGCAAGGAGUUUCGUCCGGUGACAUUCCGCCGCAGAGGGCCGUGGGUUCUGCAUCUACCAUCACAUCUGUGUCCGAGCACGGCGAAAAAGCUUCAGUAGGUGAGUCUCCAUCGCGCCACGUGGAGGCGCCGAACCCGACGAUCGUCGCCGCUUCGCCGAGGGCUGUGCUUCAAUCCGUGCAAGCAGCGAGAGCUGCUGGCCAUGCCGCCGCCCUCGGUGUUAGAGAAAGGCGAGAAGAUCGGAGGGUGGAAGAGGCGGGGAGAAAACAGGAGAGGAGGGAGGAGACUCCGCACGGGGAAGAAGAGGACAACUAGCCUCUGAGCGCGAGGAAGAAAAGGUCUCGCCAAGAGGAGGAGUUGGAGGCAAAAUCGAAGCUGUGGGUAGACGGCAAAGCGUUCUGG